AUGGCGCUGAAAGCCUUCAACCUGUUCGGGAACAAGAAUAACCCAAAAGCGCCGCCCGAGAUCGUCAGGUCGUUGAAAGAUCUUCUAUACAAGUUGCGGGAGCCGGCGCCGAGCACAAAGGUCGAGGACGAUGCAGCGAAAUAUAUGUCACAGAUGAAGUUGAUCGUACAAGGGACGCCAGAACACGACACAAGCCCGGACCAAGUGCACCAAUUGGUGACCUGCAUCAUCCAGGAGGACAUUCUCUACGAGCUUGCACGAAGCAUACGGCUACUGCCCUUUGAGGCUCGAAAGGAUGCCCAGAUCAUCUUCUCCCAUAUACUACGCUUCAAACCUGCAAAUUCACAAACAGGCGAGCCACCGCCAUCAACUAUCUUGUGA